AAAUAAAAUAAAAAAAAAGGUCACGCUUUUUAUUUUUUGUCUACGUGUUACUUGCGGGAUUGAAUCCCCCUCAAAGUUUUGGUCUUUAAGUUUCCAUGAAGAAUUAAUUUUUUUUUUGCUCUUUUUGUAUAUACAUUAUUUAAAAAAAACAAAUCAUGUUUCUCGUUAAUUGGUUUUGGGAUGUCUUGUCCUCUUUAGGUCUCAUGAACAAGAAUGCAAAGAUUCUCUUCUUGGGUCUUGAUAAUGCUGGUAAAACCACUUUAUUGCACAUGCUCAAGAACGACCGUUUAGCCACGUUGCAACCUACCCUUCAUCCUACUUCUGAAGAACUCGCUAUUGGUAACGUCAAGUUCACCACCUAUGAUUUAGGUGGCCAUUUACAAGCACGUAGAUUGUGGAGAGAUUACUUUCCUGAAGUGGGAGGUAUCGUCUUCUUGGUCGAUUGUGCUGACCACUCUCGCUUUGGUGAGGCCAAGGCUGAAUUAGAUGCUCUUUUGGCUAUCGAACAACUCUCCAAGGUCCCUUUCUUGGUUCUUGGUAACAAGAUUGAUGCUCCCGGUGCUGUCAGUGAAGAGACUCUCAGACAAGAAUUAGGAUUACUCCAAACAACCGGCAAGGGUAAGGUUCCAUUGGCUGAUAUUCGUCCUAUUGAAGUCUUCAUGUGUUCUGUUGUCAUGAGACAAGGUUACGGUGAUGGUUUCCGUUGGAUCUCUCAAUACGUUUAAAAAAAAAAGGGGUGGUUAUAAAAGUGUGUAUGUGUGUGUGUGUUGUGAUGUUCAAAAAAAAAAAAAAAUAAUAAACGAAAAAAUAAAUAUUAAAAGAGAGAGAGAGAGGGAAUUUAUCAUUAGGUGAUGUAAUUCAUUUUUAUCUACAUCCCUUCGUUUCUACAUGGAGUUUCUACCCCCACCUUUUCAGUGUUAUUUUCUAUUCAACUU